AUGGAGUGGCGCCGGCAGAGCAGCCUCAGCUGUGCGGAGGCCUUCACGGAGGCUCGACGCUGGAUUCAGGAAGUGACCGGGAAAUCCUUCGGUUGCAAUGACUUCCGUGCAGCCUUGGCGAAUGGAGUCCUUCUUUGCGACCUAAUCAACCAGUUGAAACCUGGCCUCAUCAAGCGGGUGAACAGGCUCUCCACUCCAAUCGCUGGCCUGGAUAACGUGAAUGUUUUUCUGAAAGCCUGUGGGAAACUUGGCCUAAAUGAGUCUCAGCUGUUUCAUCCAGGUGACCUUCAGGACCUGUCCACUCGAGUGACACUCAGGCGGGAUGAAAGCCAGAGACGAGUGAAAAAUGUGCUUAUCACCAUAUACUGGCUGGGUCGUAAGGCUCAACUAGACCCAGUUUACUCUGGUCCUCAACUUGAUUACAAGUCCUUCGAGGGUCUGUUAGGUUUGGCUUUGUCCAAGGCUCUAGAAGAAGGCAGUAAUGUGUUUGUGAAGGAUGGGGGAUACAAAGAGUACCACUCCUCAGAGGGAGAGUUAUGUCAGGAUUUAAGACCGAGUUCUGUUGGAGGGAACUCUGAGGACUGCUUCGAGUCUCUGGACACCCGCGCUCUCCGCCUAAAUGAAGAAGGUUGUGGAAGUGACGCUGAAGCUGAGCAGGUGUUCAAGAUGGAUAAUCCGUGUCUCUCGGCCCAGCAAAACAAAGGCAUCAUCCCACCUCCGCUUGGAAGAAAACAAGGACGGGAGGAGGCUGCAGGGGCCACUGCGACUCCACUCCCCAGAACAUAUGAAAUCCAGGUGAGACCGGUUCCGGUCAACCCUGGCUGGAUUUGGAGCAAAUCCCUCAGUGACAUCCCGAUGGUGUACCCUGUGCGUAAAGUUUCAAAUGGAAACCCCAUUUAUAACAAAGGACAGGACGCCGGCCUGGCCAGGGGCUGGAGCCAAGACGGUGAAAGGAAGCGUAGUGUCGCUGCCAAGGACGGUGAAGCUCAGUGGCAGGAGGAUUUGACAAAGUGGAAGAAUCGUCGCAGGAGCACCAAUACUGAGCACUACAGGAAGUCCCAGCACAGAGAGCACGUCAUUAAUCAGAUGGCCAAUGGCGCUGUGACGAGCCAUGAGACAUGUCGAGCACAGAGCUGUCCAACAAAGAGCUUCUCCAGAGACCAGUUGCCAUGGCAACACAGUGCUGCUCCUCGUCUUUACUCCACCUCGUCUCCAUCAAGACCCCAGAGUUCUGAUCUCAGACCUCGCAGUCGAGCUUCGCUGGCCUGCAGCUACGCCAUGGAGGACACUUUAAGCUCCAAGACCCACACUCGGGGAUCUCCUGUGGGAGCCGUGCCAACCUCUGCUGGGAGCAUCUUUGAAGAAAAGACCCACUUUGCAGCUUUGGCCUCAGAUGGAUCAAGAGUUGCCACACCUUCUCUGAAUCACCCUUUCACUUCCCAGACAAAAAUCUUCAUCCAUUCUCCACCUGAGCAGGCCCAGACACGAAACAUUUUAACUAAUAAAGUCCCUUUUGUUGUUAUGGAAAAUUCAAACGUCUGUGGACGAUCAAACGGCAGCCUGGAUCCUGCUCCAUCGAUGUCGAGUCAUGAAACACAUCCAGCCAAGGAGUUCAAAGGGAAAUCUUUUUGUCCAAAUCCAGUUAAUGAAGCAGAAGUUGAUGCAACUGAGCAUUUGAAGGAUCAGAUCCACAAAGCUCAAGAAGAAAGCCAGAACUUGGAUUGGGAUUCAGCAAUGGCUUACAGAACCCAGCAGGCUGCAGAGGGCUCCAAACACGUGUCCAGUCCUGUGUCCUGGUCCCGUUCAGCCAGUUUUCCCCGUGGUUUCCGUCGGUCUGAGGGUUCCCCCCGCAUCUCUUCUGCAAUCACAGCCAGACCGUUUGGGACCAUGCAGUCCAGGAUGUCCUUGGCACCGAGACUUUACAGCGUUGACAGUCCGGGUUUGCUGUCAAACGGCGAGAAAUACUAUUCUCUUCCUGAGUCUUCAAAGUCGUCAAUCAAAAGACAGACUGCAGCUGCCAAUCUGAGGGACCAGUACCAGGCAUCGAUCCGACGGAAGAAGGCUAACCAGGCCAGGCAGGACAGCUCAGAGAGGAGACGGGAAGUCCACAGGUCCUCCCCCCAAACCCAGACUUUACUUCAGCCUCGUUCAAGCCUGCAGUCCUUCCACAACAAAAGCUCGACUCUCUCAUGUAAAGCAGGAACUGACUACUCUAAGGUUGAUCAUAGUGACAUGAGGGUGAGCCUGACUCUUAAACCCAACAGUGUUCCAGACUUCGGUUUCCAAACUCACUGGGACUCCUCAGGGUUGAGGGUAAUAUGCAUCCAACCUGCUAGUCCAGCAGAGUGUUGCCAGCUGUGUGUGGACGAUGAGAUCGUGGCAGUCGACGGCGUUGCCGUGGCACACCUGACCUACAACCAGUGGAGGAAUAAGAUGGCCUCUUCCCUGCAAACUGGAAGCCUGACCAUGGACAUUCGACGCUAUGGGAUCAAGGAUUGGAGCAGCAGCACAGAGUCUCAUCCACACCAGCCUGCUCAGAGCAGGAUGACUCUUAACUUGACGUCUGCUGCGCCCGUUCUAAUUGGUUACCCUGAUCUUCACGCCAACACCGCGGCUUCCACAACCACACAACUGGAAAAGUCUAACUGGCAGACAGCCGAUGUAACUCAAGAUAAAGUCCUGGACGGGGUUUUCUCUGAGAGCUCUGGGUCAGUCAGGAAUAAAGAAUCUAAUGCUACCAGGCAAAAUCAGAAAAAGAGAGAAGAAUUUUUUAAUGAGAAAGGAGGCUCAGAAUCUGCCAUAUCGGAUCUCCAGGUGCCCUCCCUGAGCCCCUCCACCUGCAGCUUUUCAUGGGACCUCGACGAGGAUCGCAAGCGUCAGGAGAAGUGGCAGGAAGAGCAGGAGCGCCUCCUGCAGGAGCAGUACCAGAGGGAUCAGGAGAGGCUGGAGGAGGAGUGGAGACGGGCGCAGCAGGAUGCAGUGGAAGGCAGGACGCUGCAGGAGAAUGCAUUCGAGGUGACCGGUGGUUCUGAGAGUUUUGCCACUUCUCUGUUUGAUGCGAACGGACUGAUGAAGAAAACUCAAGAUGACGAGCAAAGACCCAACGGAGAGGAUCUGAACCAAGUUGGAUUAAAACAUCAGAGUGUUGGUAACGGAACACAGGACGACCAGAUUACUGAGAAAGAUUGGGCUGAGGGCUCCUCUGGUCUCACUCGGUUGUCCCCUGCACACAGGGCACUGUCCUCAUCUACGCCAGCAUUAUCUGGACCCUGCAAGCAAAUCAAAGGUGAUGAGAGGAAAAGAUUUGGAUGGCCCUUGUCCAAGGCUGAGCGAGAGCGGCAGCAGAUUUUGGAGGAGAUGAAGAAACGGACUCAGCUUCUGACCGACAACAGCUGGAUACGUCAACACGGCAACUGUCCCCAGAAGGAGCCCAUCGAUGCUGGUGCUCCCAUGAAGAGAUAUGAUUCUUUGAAUAACCUGGAUUCGUUGUAUCCAAACCUGGCUGCAAUACUUUCUUACCCUCGCCCUCAUUCGGCUGCCGGAAGUUAUGUAAUCCCAAGCAGGAACGCUGCGUCCCGCUACAGCACUGGAUCCAUGUCUUCUAAAAGAAACGUGGACUCGUCUCACUACGCCAGUGUGUGGGCUGCAGCAGACACCUCAGAGGAACGGAGACUGGAGUCCAGGUCCGAGUCAGAAAAAGGAAGCCCUAUUGUGACGGCUGCUAUUUCCAGCUCAAGUCCACUGGUACCAUGUGACCAACACGACGUGCUCAACAUUGAAGAGUAA